AUAGUCGGGUAAAUCAGAGUAUCUCACUGCGUUCCUGGUGUAGCGGGUCGAUGUGUAUACUGCGGUAUACUAUACCAAGGGCAGCAGUGAAUUGCUUGACGCGGCACACGAGGCCGGUCAGCAUAUCUCCUUACAGCUGACGCCUCCUGCAGCAAUGAAUUAUCUGAAAGGUGAAGCAGUAGUGCUCCCUCAGCAUUGCCCAUAACUGACCAUCAAAAUGUUGCAAAGAGCCCUCUGCUGCCUCUUCCUCUUUGGGACUGUCGCUGUUAUCAGUGCCGGAGGCAAAGGACAUAUAUCUGUUGUACUCUUGGGGGCUACAGGUGACCUGGCUAAGAAGUACCUAUGGCAGGGGAUUUUCCAUCUAUACAUAAAUGAAGUGUAUAAAGGGCACAGCUUCACUUUUUAUGGGGCUGCUUUGACUCCCCCGGAGAAAGGUGAGGAGCUACUGUUCAAUAUUCUGACGUCUCUUAGUUGCCCGGUUGAUUUGGAACCCGACAGAUGUGUCUUGCUGAAAGAUCAGUUUCUGAAGCUAAGCAGCUACAGACAACUGAAGACAGCAGAACAUUACACGGCUCUUCACCAAGAUAUCCAGCGGUCUCUAUCCGACGAAGGGAUACAUGAAGCAGGAAGAUUGUUCUACUUGUCCGUGCCACCUUUUGCGUAUGCCGACAUCGCCCAAAAUAUCAAUGGCAGCUGCCGGCCUCUUCCAGGAGCAUGGCUGCGAGUAGUGCUGGAGAAACCCUUUGGAAGGGACUACGGGUCUGCAAAGAAGUUGGCCGAUGAUCUUCAAACCGUUUUCCGUGAGGAGGAGAUCUACAGGGUUGACCAUUAUCUUGGAAAACAGACUGUCGAGCAAAUUCUUCCUUUCCGACUUCACAACCAAAAGCAUCUUGACCUGAUCUGGAAUCGGCACCAUGUGGAGAGAGUAGAGAUUGUUUUGAAGGAGACACUGGAUGCAAAAGGACGAAUCAGCUUCUACGAGGAAUAUGGCGUCAUUCGUGAUGUCCUUCAGAACCAUCUGACUGAAAUCCUUACUUCCGUUGCAAUGGAGGUGCCUCACAACCUCACCAACUCUGAUGAUAUUCUUAGGGCAAAGCUGGAUGUACUGGAAUCUUUGGACAGAAUGGACCAGAACAGGGCUGUAGUUGGUCAGUACCAGAACUACCUGUCACAGGUGAAGGAAGAAAUGGAAACCAAACCAAAUUAUUUCACCAGUACACCAACCUUUGCAGCUGUGUUGGUCUAUAUUAAUAAUAUGCGAUGGGAAGGGGUACCAUUCCUUUUAGUAUCUGGUAAAGCUCUGGAGGAGAGGAGCUCAUAUGUGCGAGUUGUAUUUAAAGACAAUGUAUUUUGUGUUCAAAAAGGAGAAAACCAAGAUCCCCUGAAGGACGCUUGUAAACCAAAGCAAAUUAUUUUCCAUAUCGGACAUGGAGAGCUUGGGUUUCCUGCUGUCCUAGUGAGUAAAGGUCUUUUCAAACCAAAACUAAUGCCCAGCAAAUGGCAAAAGGCUUCUGAACUUCCAUCCACCAGUGUGUUUGGACAACCGCUCUCUGAUUACUACGUAUACCGUCCUAUUCAAGACAGGGAUGCCUAUACCAUUCUUAUAUCCAACAUAUACUAUGGAAGAAAAGGCUCAUUCAUCACAACCAAAAAUCUGUUGGCUUCCUGGAAAUUCUGGACUCCCCUUCUAGAGAGUCUGGAACAGGAAUCGCCAAGAGUGUACCCAGAAGGCUCAGAGUACGGUCAGUUGCUCGAUUUUGCUAUAGAAGACGGUAGUCUGCACUUUGUUACAGAUGAACACCUGGAGAUCUUGGACGUGGCAGAGAAGAUUAACAAAUUUGGCUCCCCUCGAUCUACUUUCCUUGGCAAUCCUAUGGUAUCAGACUGGGCCGAGCAGCUUAUACAGAAGCUAUCGCAAGACAUACAAGCUGAGGCUAAAUUAGCCAUAAAACGUUCAGGCGCCUUUCACUUGGCUUUGUCAGGUGGUUCCAGCCCUUUAGCUUUGUUUCAGAGGUUGUCCAGACACCUCCAUGGUUUCCCAUGGAAGAACACCCACUUGUGGUUGGUUGAUGAGCGCUGUGUACCAUUCUCUGAUCCAGAAUCAAACUUUGGAAACCUUGAAAAGCAUCUUCUGCAGCAUGUAAGGUUGCCCUAUGUAAAUAUUCACCCAAUGCCAAUUCUUAGGAAUCAGCGUCUCUGUGCUGAAGAAGACAUGGGCAACCAAACGUAUGCUGAGGAUAUCUCCGCUCUUGUAGGGAAUACCAGCUUUGACUUUAUACUGCUAGGCUUGGGUAAUGAUGGCCAUACAGCUUCGAUAUUUCCUGGUAAUGAGGAAGGCAUUAAAGGAGACUCUCUUGUCUUGUUUACAGAAAGCCCUUCCAGACCUCACCAAAGGAUGAGUCUCAGUCUAGCGCUCAUCAAUAAAGCCCAUAAAGUUGCUGUCUUGGUACUGGGAAAAGGAAAGCAUGACAUUAUUACGCUAAUCAGCAGAGCAGAGAGCAACCCCAAAAAGUGGCCCAUUCAGGGGGUUAAGCCCACUUCUGGGCAGUUGGUCUGGUACGUAGAUUAUGAUGCUCUGUUAAAGUGAAGCGACUUUCCAUCCUUCUCACUGCGGUGCCUUUACUUCAGUCCCUCAUUUUUACAAAAAACAGUUGUUUAGUGAAUUAAAAAAUAC